GCGACAGAGGCGCUCAUGGCUCGUAUCCGUCAUCUUCAAAACACUCGAGGCAAAGAGCUAUCUGGUGUUCAAAUUACUGCCUACUUCCUUAGGAUUAGAGUGCAGCCUCUUCAGGCUCGCAAAAAUCCCCUUUGGACGUAUUCUGGUGAAAAUGACGCCAACAGAAUCUCCAGUGAUCUUUCUGUAAAGGAUUUGGAAAAAUUGGUUCGAAGAAUUUCUCGAUUAGGCAAGAAGGAUCCUAUUCCCUCCUCCUGUCGAGUGGAACCAUACAGUGCUUCCAAUCCUCUUCCCGAGAAUCAUCCUACUAUGGCUUCCCUUCCUCCUCUUCCUGAGGAUGGAGAGGUCGAAGAAAGAGCCGUUGUCGAUGAUGUCAACCAGGAGACCCCCUCUUUUGUGAAUGAACCCGCAGAUUCUCGAAAAUCUGCGGGAUCUACUGAGAAGGAUGCUGCCUCUGAAGAUACAACAUCAGCGCAAUCUCCUCCUCCUGCUGUUUCUCCGAAGAGCAAAAGGAAAAGGAGCAAUGCCGAAGAUUCCGGGACCUCGAAACCCGAAGAAACUGCUCCUUUACCUCGAAAAGCAGCUUAUGAUCCAUACAUCGAGAGUAUCAUCAGCUCUGAUGAUGAAGAAACACCAACUUUAGAUGUGGCUGCUCGAACGAGCACGUCACAUACUUUAGUUAUUUCAGAAAAACCAGUUGAAGGGGAGGAAUCGUCGCCUCCUCAACAAAAUGUUGAUACAUCUACUCCUCCUUCGAGCCCCCGUGCCCCUUCACCAAAAAGGGCACGGGUUGAAAAGAUUGUUGAUCCCGCCCCUCGCUUGGGCAGUUCAGUCGACUCUGCUCUUAGAUGA